ACAUGAGUUGAGAGAAUUUGGUUUCGUGCACUUGACAAAGUACACUACUUAUCACGCAAGCCGCGUAAAGGCAUUCCUCUCGUUUGCGUGUUUGAGCUGUCUUCACAACAAAGUCAACUCAGAAACAACCCUUACUGCCUUUCAAAGUGAGGAAAUGGCUAGAGACACUAAGCUCUUAUGGUAA